UCUAUUCAACGAAAACCAGGAAAUUCAGUCAACGAAAUGGAAGUCAUCAACGCUCAAGUUCCUCAACCCGAAGCUAUCCAGCAGGACCAGGAAGCAAAGCCGGAGAUGGAGAAGACCAUCACAACCGCUUCAGCCUCAGCCUCAGCCACCGAUCUCAAACCUACUGAAAACUCUCAGAUCCCUGCCGGACUAACGGAUACCACCAUCCCCACUAAUUCGAGCGACGAAAAAGAGUCCGAACAGGUCGAUAAAAUCCCGGAUGAUGCGACGGAAACCGUCUACCUGAAUAACUUGAAUGAGAGGGUCAAACUCCCUGCUUUGAAACAGACACUCAAGAAUCUGCUGAAAAACUUCGGGCCAGUGUUGGAUGUGGUAGCCCAUCGAUCGGUCCGAAUGAGAGGCCAAGCCUUUGUGGCUUUUCCGGAUCGAGAGAUGGCUGCCAAGGCCGUCAAAGAAGUCAAAGGGUUCCCCCUCUAUGGAAAACCGAUUGAAAUCGCCUUCGCUCGAUCCCCUGCAGAUUGUGUGGUCAAGCGGAAAACGCCGGACGAUUUCGAAGCCCAUAAAGCCGAACGACUGUUGAAAAAAAAACGAUCUCGACGAGAAAACCCGUUACGAAAGAAAGCUGUCGAGGCCAAGGAGGCUGCACGGAAAGCGGCCUCGACGGCCGCCUCGGCCGGCCCGAUGGCCUCCUCUGUGCCCCCCGCUUCAUCCAAUAGGAAAAUCGUCCAGAUGCCCGACGAAUAUCAACCGCCUAAUAAGAUCCUGUUCAUCCAGAACUUGCCCGAAAACGCUGGCAAAGACGCUCUCGAAGUCUUGUUUAAACAGUAUCCAAAUCUGGUGGAAGUCCGAACGAUCCCAGGAAGAUCGAACAUCGCAUUUGUAGAAUAUGUGGAUGCUACAAGCUCAGGGGUUGCCAAAGAUGCUCUGCACAAUUACAAGUUUGACGGCGAACACAAGAUCAAAGUUACCUUUGCUAAACAGUAAUCUCAUUACAAUUCCCUCCAUCUUUCUUUCCCUUUCCCUUCCACUCUAUUUUUUUGUGUGUGAGUUGAAAAUCAUUGCAUGGUGAAGAAAGAAAAAAAAUCUGUAAUCAUAUUUACAAGACACAUAUUUCUUGCCUUUUCUUUUGAUCCUUGAUGAGCAGUGCGCACACUGUAGCUGCUUAAUUGCCCUCAGCUCCCCUUCCUUGCAUUUUUUUUUUUUUUGGUUUACACUACAUUCCAGGGACAAAUGACGCCUGUCCAUCAGCUCUCGCUAUUUAUUUCAGCCGCUCCUGACUUUCAAGAUGUUCGAAAAUAAAUAGGCUGUUCUUGAAUAUAGGCUCAAGUCAUUAAAAAAGAGAUCUCCCAUUGGAAACAACCAU